CUCCCGAGUUUGAAGCACUCUCCUACGUCUGGGGAGACCCUCUGAUCACUCGUCCGAUCAAGUUGAAUGACCAGCCCUACCAAGUUACCGAAAAUCUGGAAGCUGCAUUACGAAGACUGCGGCAUGAUGAUAGAGUGCGAAUUAUGUGGAUCGACGCUAUUUGUAUCAAUCAACAAAAUCCUCGGGAGCAAGAGCAUCAGAUCGGCCUCAUGCGUGAUAUAUUUGGAGGAUGUGCUCAGUGUAUUGUCUAGCUGGGAGAGGAGGAUCAUGAAACCGAGAAGGUUCUUGAGUCUCUUCAAUGGAUGCACGACAAUCUGCACGUACAUGAAUGGCCGUGUUUUUCUAACUCCAAAGCCACCAAGACCCUGUUGGGCGCAGGCAAAAAUAACACUUGUGGAAUUGGUCCAGCACUCGAGCCAUUACAAAAGUUUUUGCGCCGGCCCUGGUUCUCUCGUACUUGGACCUUCCAAGAGUUCGUACUACCAAGAAAUCAUGAAAUACGUUGUGGCCAUUUCCAAAUCCCUUUUAGCUUUCUAUUGAAAGCUCAACAGACAUUCCAUGAUCACACCAGCAAAUGCUGCAAAAUGAACUCGAUUUUUCUCCUGCAGCUUGUCCAAGAUCUCAACGUCCAACUCGAUAUUACCAUUAUUCCUCUUUGGUACACGCUUAGUUGUCUCCACCGCUGCAAGGCGAGAAACUUUCUAGAUAUGUUAGAUGACACCCGUCACCGAAUCGCAACCAGAGAUCAUGAUAAAGUAUACGGGCUCAUUGGUCUUGCCCCGCCUUACAUUCAAAAGACAAUACUCCCAGAUUACCGACUGGACGUCGCAGCUGUAUUUGCCCAACCACUGGUGCGUAUUGGCAGUCGAACGCAUCUCUAAGACCUCUUAUAUAUGUGGUGAGAAGAGAGAGUUGCAAGUUUCGACUACCAUCAUGGGUACCAGACUGGUCUCAUGCUCCGAUGUCUCGAGAUUCUCGAGUGCUUCGAAGAGCCACAUACGACAUUUUCAAUGCAUGCGGCUACG